AUGGAUCAUGCCAAAGGUCUAGCACAUCUGAGAAGAAAAUGGCUUGUGUUGCUCUUGAGGGUCAUAGAGGUGAUGAUCAUGUUUGCCAGAGUAACAGCUGCAGAUCAAACUGACAUACCAGCAACAGGUUUGCUAUGCAUUAGUGAUUGCGCGACGUGUCCUGUCAUAUGCUCACCACCUCCACCACCACGACAGUCAAAGCCGCACCACUCAGCACCACCACCUCAGCUUUCUUAUUUCAAUUCACCACCACCACCACCACCACCACCACCACCACCACCACCUGAGUCCUAUUAUUUCAAUUCACCCCCAACACCACCACCACCACCGGAGUCUUAUUACUUCGAUUCACCCCCAACUCCCACGCUACCACCUCCACCGCCAUCAUCUUACUUUUCGUGGGGUGCCACUCCCCCGCCUUCUCCCGACUACAUCAACAUUCCUUCCGGUAAGGCGCCUCCUGGUAUGCAGCAGGGCAAUUACUCCUAUCCUUACUACUACUUCUACGCUUCGGAGGCUUCUUCUCUUUCUCUUCAAGCAUCCAUAUCUGUCAUGUUACUAUUUUCAUUUCAUGUUAUGCUUUUUGGUUGA